ACCGCCCCAGACGAGAUACUGCAGCACUGAGUCAUGGUCCUGGUCUGAGCUCGCGGUGUGGCUCUCAGGUUCGUCGCGUGGCUUAAUUAGGAGAUCCCGGAAGAGUCGAGGAGUGACGGGGCAGGGAGGCAAGAGGGGACCAGGACAGCAGCACACAGCCACGGAGCCGUCCGGGGAUAUUUACAGUCCCGGUAAAACGUCUCGAAAUAAAGAAAUAAAACGCGGACCAGUGGAGGGAGGUUUGUCACCAUGGAGGGUUUAAUGGAGCGGCUGGAGCGAGCCGUGACUCGCCUGGAGAAGAUAUCUGUCACCAUGCAGGCAUCCAGCAGCAUGACUAACGGGGACUGUGUCAACGGCAUUGAUGGAGGUGUGUCACAGUGUGUCGAGGCCUUCGACGUUUUGCUGAAAGGUCCAGGAGCAGAGUAUCUAAAUCACAGCCGAGCCAUCGGAAAUGAGGUGGAGAAACAUGCGGAGAUGGUGAACAAUGCCCUGCAGACUCAGAGAACUUUCCUAAAGAUGGCCGCCACGCAUCAGGAACCUGCACAGACAGAGCUGCAUGACCUCCUGAAGCCAAUUUCAGAUCACAUCCAGGAGAUCCAGAACUUCAGAGAACGAAACCGUGGCAGCAGCCUCUUCAACCACCUGUCGGCUGUCAGUGAGAGCAUCCCCGCCCUGGGCUGGGUGGCUGUGAGUCAGAAGCCUGGUCCGUAUGUGAAGGAGAUGAAUGAUGCUGCCACUUUCUACACCAACAGAGUGUUGAAAGACUACAAGGACAUUGACAGGCGUCAUGUAGACUGGGUGCGGGCCUACCUAUCCAUCUGGACAGAAAUGCAGUCCUUCAUCAAACAGCACCACACCACAGGGCUGGUGUGGAGCAAGACUGGCCCCAUCGCCCCUCCUUCUCUUUUUGAUCCCCCCACUGCCCCCAGUGCUCCCUGCCCCCCUCCUCCUCCUCCACCCGGCCCUCCUCCUGUCUUCACUGAUGAUAACUCUCAGCCUCAGGUGGGCGGUACAGGUGCUCAGCACUCAGCGCUGUUCGCCCAGCUCAACCAGGGCAUGGACAUCACUAAAGGUCUAAAACAUGUGUCAGAUGCUGAUAAGACCCAUAAAAACCCAAAUCUGCGAUCACAAGCUAAACCAGUCAAAAAAAAGUCCCAAGGAGCUGCAAAGUCACCACGAGCAUCUGCCCAGAAAAGACCGCCUCUGCUGGAGCUGGAGGGGAAGAAAUGGAGGGUGGAAAACUUUGAGCAGAAACACGACCUGGUGAUCGAGGAGACAGAGCUGAAACAAGUAGUCUACGUCUUCAGCUGUAACAACUCCACCGUUCAGAUUAAGGGCAAAAUCAACUCCAUCAUCAUAGACAACUGUAAGAAGCUGGGUUUGGUUUUUGAGAACGUCGUUGGGAUUGUGGAGAUUAUCAACUCUAAGGGCAUUCAGUUACAGGUUUUGGGAAAAGUUCCCACCAUUUCCAUCAACAAGACAGAGGGCUGCCAGGUUUACCUGGGCAAAGACUCUCUCAGCUGUGACAUUGUCAGCGCCAAGAGUUCAGAGAUGAACAUCAUGGUACCACAGGGAGACGAGGAUUACAGGGAGUUUCCAGUACCUGAGCAGUUCAAGACGGUGUGGGACGGCUCCAAACUGGUGACAGAACCAACUGAAAUCGCAGGAUAAAUACUUCACCAUCAUCAACAUCUUUUAAAGAUCAAUCCAACUCUUACAUUUAAUCAGGGCUAUGUAAGGGAUCCUAGGACAGAUGAACUUAUGGUCAUCUUGCUGUAAAUGUGUCUUCAUGUGUCUAGCACUUUGAAACAUUUGAUUUAAACUCAACAAAUGUGUCUUUGUGUUUUGUUUUCUUGUCUCUGUUCCAUUGGAGUAAAGGCAUUUCUGUAAAAUUACCCAAGGAUUAAAUAAGCACCAGGCUCUAAAAAGGGCAUCAUGUCUGAAAGUGCAUCUCCAUUUUUGUGGAUUACUGUUCGUAUGAUUAAAUAUUUGCUUUUUAGAUGCAAAAAAGCAAAAUUAGUCAACUGCAGUUGACUAAAAGGCCAAGCAGACAUGGAUUAUUGGGAGUUGAGUGUGUAUGACUUUUUACUAUAUUUUCUCUGUUUUAGUUUAUAUGACUUAUAUCUUUAAAUGUUUAAGGUGCAUAGUAGUCAGGUAGAACUGCUGGACUUAGUGAGUGAAGCUUUUGUCAAACUUCAUGGUAAUUGUUUGCCUAAUAGUGCACGGGAAGUUUGAUCGGUCAGCUCUAGUGAGGUUUAUAUGUAAGAAAAUAUGGAAUCAACAUGAGCUACAUAAUUACUACAUGGCUACUAAUUUCUCUGAAUAUUUCAGAUAUCCAUAGGUAAACAAUAAAGUACUCACAGUAAACACAGCUAUCAAACCUGAGCUCUUCCUGUAGUCUCUCUAUCACUCUGUACAUCAAUAUUUUAUACUAAGAUGUAGCGCUUAAUACCAGCACAAUAGAGAAGAGACUGUGUCACUAAUGCUAUCAAAACUUCUCAUUUACAGAAAAACUAUUUUCAUGUAAUUGUGUACCAUUUUUCAAAUAAAAUCAAAAGCCUCA